CACCCUCCUGAUAUGUGCCCACUUAACUUCACUUAGAGAUAAAUAUAAACGUGACCUGGAGGGCUGUCUCACUGAGAGUAAAGAACCUGAGAGAGAACACCACCACUACCACCACCACUACCACCACUACCACCACUACUCACGACUACUCUGCUCACCAAUCACUGAACUGAACACAGGAAUCCACCAACACCAAUGACGAUGGGAGAAAUGGGAGAUCCAGUCCAGUUAAAAGAUGAAGGCAACAAGCACUUUCAGGCAGGAGAGAUUGAUAAAGCCAUCGAGUCUUACACAAAAGCCCUGAAAGUCUGCAAAGACAAAAAGGUCCAGGCAGUUAUCUUCAGAAACAGAUCAGCCUGCUUCUUGAAAAAGGAGAACUAUACUUCUGCAGCUUCAGAUGCUUCUAAAGCCAUAGAUGUGGACGCUGCUGAUAUUAAAGCACUGUACAGAAGAUGCCAGGCUCUGGAGAAGCUGGGAAAGCUGGACAUGGCUUUUAAGGAUGUUCAGAGAUGUGCAACACUGGAGCCUAAAAACAAGACCUUUCUGGAGACUCUGAGGAGACUGGGAGCUGAGAUCCAACAGAAGCUGAAGACCAGCUUCUCCACAGACUCCAGAGUGCAGAACAUGUUUGACAUUCUCUUCAGUGAGGAAGAAGAUAAAGAAAAGAAAGAAAAGGCAGCCAAUAACCUGAUAGUGCUGGCUCGAGAAGACGCGGGAGCUGAGAGAAUCUUCCAGAAUAACGGCGUGGCUCUGCUCAUGCAGCUCAUCGAGACGGGGAAGGCUGAGAUGAUCUUGGCCGCCAUCCGAACGCUGUCAGGAAUGUGCACCGGCCACAGAGCGAGGGCCACUGCAAUCAUCCACAUGGUAAGAAUUGAGAAGCUGUGCAGUAUUAUGGCCAUGGACCAUGAAGAGAUUGCACUGGCCACGUGUAACCUGUUCCAGUGUAUCUAUGAAUCCCUGUCCGGUGCAGACAACAGAGUUUAUGGCAAAGAGGAAGCUCUUGUGCUCGACUCCAGUAAGGACCUGAAGACUAUCCUGAUCGCACUGCUGGAGAUGGUCACUAGCAAGAAGGUCUCAGGACACGGCCGAGACCAGGCCCUCAACCUGCUGACCAAGAACGUGCCCAGAAAGGACAAGAAAGAAUCGGAUCACUCCAAGACCCUGUUCACUAUUGACCACGGUCUGAAGAAGAUUCUGAAGGUGUGUGGUCAGGUGCCAGAGCUGCCAGACCAGUUGCCCAUGACGGAGAACACUCAGCUGAUCGCCAGCGUCCUCCUCAACAAGCUGUACGACGACCUGCGCUGCGACCCUGAGAGAGACAACUACAGAGACGUCUGUGACGAAUACAUCAAGGGCAAGUUUGACCCCAACGACAUGGACAAGAACAUCCACGCCAUCAAUGCCCUCUCAGGGCUGCUGCAGGGUCCGUUCGACGUGGGCAAUGCGCUGGUGGGGCGUCAGGGAGUGAUGGAGAUGAUGGUGGCUCUGUGUAGCUCUGAGAGGGAGGUAGACCAGCUGGUGGCCAUCGAAGCUAUCAUCCACGCCUCCACCAAAAUGAGCAGAGCCUCCUUCAUCAUCUCUAACGGAGUGUCUCUGCUGAAGGACAUCUACAAGAAGACCAAGAACGAGAAGAUCAAGAUCAGGGCACUUGUGGGACUGUGUAAACUGGGCUCAGCCGGAGGUGAUGAUUACAGCAUGAGACAGUUCGCCGAGGGCUCCACUGAGAAACUGGCCAAGCAGUGCAGAAAAUGGCUCUGCAACCCCACCCUGGACGUUCGCACAAGAAAGUGGGCCAUCGAGGGUCUGGCCUAUCUGACCAGCGAUGCAGAUGUUAAAGAUGACUUUGUUGAGGAUGAACCAGCCAUGAGAGCCAUGUUUGAGCUCGCCAAGUCAAAAGAUAAGACCAUCCUGUACGCUGUCGCCUGCACACUGGUCAACUGCACGAACAGCUAUGAUAAGAAGGAGAUCAUCCCGGAGAUGGUACAGCUGGCCAAGUUCUCCAAGCAGCAUGUUCCAGAACAGCAUCCAAAGGACAAGAAAGAUUUCAUUGACAGUCGAGUGAAAAAGCUCUUAAAGGCCGGAGUGACUUCAGCUCUCGCAGUCAUGGUUAAAGCAGACAGUUCCAUCCUGACUGAUCAAACCAAGGAGAUGCUCGCAAGGGUUUUCCUUGCCUUGUCAGAAGAUCCGAAGGACCGUGGCACCAUUGUUGCUCAUGGUGGUGGAAAGGCUCUGAUUCCUUUAGCCGUAGAGGGAACAGACGCAGGGAAAAUAAAGGCCUGCCACGCACUGGCUAGGAUUGCUGCCAUUUCUAACCCAGAUAUUGCCUUCCCUGGAGAGAGGGUAUAUGAAGUUGUACGACCUCUCGUUUCCCUGCUGAAUACUGAAAGAGACGGCACUCAGAACUUUGAUGCCCUACGAAGUCUCACCAAUUUGGCUGCCAAGAGUGAUAAACUUCGAUUGAAGAUCAUGAAAGAGAAGGCUCUUCCAGAAAUUGAAAACUACAUGUUUGAGGAGCAUGAGCAAAUCAGACAGGCUGCCACAGAGUGCAUGUGCAACCUGGUUUGCUGCAAAGAGGUUCAGGAACGCUAUAUGGAGGAUGGUAAUGACAAGUUGAAGCUCCUCGUUCUCCUUUGCAGUGAGGAAGAUGAUAAACUGCAGAUAGCAGCAGCUGGAGCUUUGGCUAUGCUCACUGCAGCACAGAAGAAACUCUGUGUGAAGAUGACCAAAGUGACUGUUCAGUGGCUUGAGAUCCUGCAGAGGCUGUGUCUUCACGACAAUCCUCAGGUCCAGCACAGAGGAAUGGUGAUUAUCUUUAACAUGCUGGAGGCUGAUGAAGAGCUGGCCAAGAAGCUGAUUGAGAGUGAGCUGCUGGAGAUCCUUUCCUACGUGGCCAAACAAGAAGACAACCCCAAGAGACAAGACGCCAUCGAUGCAGCACGCGCCUGCGUCUCCAGGGCCAUGGAUCUCGGACUCAUCAAACCUUUCACACAAUAAAUCAGACAUUAAACUGAUAAAUAUGAUCAAACUGAGACGUAAAGUUGAAGAAUUAGAAGUGAUAAAAAAGGAAAAGAGGCCCGUAGUGACUGCCCUGCUUUCUGGGAAAGUGGAUGUAUUUUUGUAUUUGUAAUGAUAUAAACACAUUCGGAUACAUAGAUCUUUUUUUUUUUUUUGCUUGAGAUUGUUUUGAUAUGGGGUCCUAAAUUGGGUUUUUAUUUGAUUUGAUAUUGUAUACUGUAUGUACACUGUAUGUUUUUAAAUAAUAUAGAUUUUUUUUUAGAUAUAAUGUGUCGGAUGCCUUUAUAUUUUGUCUUGUUCAAUAGGAGCUCAAAAAUUCAAUAUUAUAUUGCAUGAACAGGCAGAUCAUUCCUUCAAUUAAAAUAUAGGUUCCUCUUUGAAUUGUAAUUAGGAGAUAGGAGGUAACACAGACUUUCUAUAUACUGCACUAAAUAAUUAAGAGACUUAAUAAACAAAUGAAAUUAAACAAUAAAUACAUUAAAAAGGGUUUAUCUUUAUCAAAUUUUAAUUUGUGCUUUAAUGGUGUUUUCUGGAAAGGAUCAUCAGAUCAGAUUCAAAGUAAAGUUGACAGUAGUAACCUUAGAGUUAAAACCAAAAAUAACAUUUUAUGUAUACCCUGUAAUUCUUAUGCUGUAUUAGAAACUAUUUUGCUUAUACACAUAUAAAUAAAUAAAUAAUUUAUACAUUUA